AUGCCUAACAUCAACGACCACGAAGAACUCGACGCCCUCAUCAUCGGCGCAGGUUUCUUCGGCGUCUACCAACUCCACCACCUCCGCGACUCCAUCGGCCUUCGCACAAAGAUAUUCGAAGCAGCCCCCGACUUUGCCGGCAUCUGGUACUGGAACCGGUACCCCGGUGCUCGCGUCGACUCUGACGUGCCCGUGUACGAAUUUUCUGAUCCCAAGAUUUGGAAGGGGAAGAAUGGGUGGAAGUGGAAGGAGAGGUAUCCGGGGUGGGAAGAGUUGAGGAGUUAUUUCAAGUUUGUGGAUGAGAGGUGGGGGUUGAGGAGGGAUGUAAGGUUUAAUACCAGGGUUAAGGGGGCGCAGUUUGAUGAGGAUACUAAACUCUGGCGGGUCCAGACCGAGGAUGGGAUGACGGUGAAGACAAGGUUCUUGAUCUUGUGUACGGGAUUUGGGAGUAAACCGUAUGUCCCGUCCUACCCCGGUCUUGGCACGUUCGAAGGGAAGUGGUACCACACUGCGCGCUGGCCACAGGAAGGAGUUCGGUUGGAGGGGAAGAGAGUUGCGGUCUUUGGGACGGGUGCGACGGGUGUUCAGGUCAUUCAGGAGAUCGCGGCGAAGGUCGGGGAGUUGACUGUCUUUCAGCGGACCCCGAACAUGGCUUUGCCGAUGAAGCAAUGUACCUUUACCGACAAGGAGUUGGAUAAGAUGAAGGAGGGGUACUAUGAGGAGAUAUUUGAGAAGCGGAAGACCACGUUUGCUGGGUUCCCCAUCACGUUUGAUCCGAAGGAGGGGGCGAGUGAGUCGCCGGAGCAGCAGACUGCGUUCUUUGAGAAUAUCUGGGAGAAGGGUGGAUUCAACUUCUGGUUGUCUACGUACAGUGAUAUGUACGUGAGCGAGGAGGUCAAUAACGAGGCGUACGCAUUCUGGAGGAAGAAGGUGUUGCAGAGGAUUACGAAGCCGGAGUUGAGGGAGAAGUUGGCCCCGGAGAAGCCGCCGCAUGCAUUUGGGACCAAGAGGCCGAGUUUGGAGAGGACGUUCUAUGAGAAGAUGUGUCAGGAUAAUGUUAUGCUGGUUGAUUUGAAGGAGACGCCGGUGGAGGAGAUUACGCCGAAGGGUGUGAGGACGAGUGGUGGGAAGGAGUACGAGUUUGAUGUCAUCGUCUUCGCUACGGGAUUCGACGCGAUCACUGGUGGCAUCACGAACAUUGAUAUCAAGGGCACCCACGGCAAGUCCAUCGAGGAAGUCUGGAAACCCGGAGCUCGCGCAUAUCUGGGCAUGUCAACCGCCCACUUCCCCAACCUCUUCUUCCUCUACGGACCCCAAGCCCCAACCGCCUUCUGCAACGGCGCAACCUGCGCCGAACUCCAAGGCCAAUGGAUGAUCGACUUCAUGGCCCACGCUUUCCGCAACAACAUCACGCGUAUCGAAGCCACCGAGGAAGCGGAGGAGAAGUGGAAGGUCAAGGUUAAUGAGAGUACGGGGAAGACCUUGUUUGCGAAAACGGAUAGUUGGUAUAUGGGCGCAAAUGUACCGGGGAAGGUUAAGGAGAGUUUGAAUUGGACGAACGGGGUGCCGGAGUAUGUUAAGGAAAUUGAGGAGGUUGCGAGUAGGGGUUAUGAGGGGUAUGUCAUGACGGGGGGAGCUGGAGCUGGGGCGACUGCGAGUCACUUGUGAGGAAGGCUAAGCACUACAGUAAAUAUUUCAAGUACGGUUCAUAUAACCAGAU